GCUAAACCAACUGCUCCUAAAGCUGCUUCCUGAUUGGUCUGUUCUCAUCACUAACAGAAGAGUUCUCCCUCGCAUUUUCCAUCGCCAUGUUGCGGAGUUGACAGACUUACGAAAAUGUCUCUUCUUCUACUUCUAAAAACUUGCUCCAAUCUUCGAGGGAAAUCUGACCGAAUAGCGAGAGUCACUUUUAGAGGUGUAACAUAUCAGACAAGUGUUAUUGAAAACUGUUCUGAAGCUGAUUGGGAUGAGGACUUUGAGUGGCCUUUGGAGAGUCCACUGGACCCCAGUGAAUUCAUUGAAAUUGAAGUUUACAACUUCAACAAAAUCUUCAACAACAGACUGGUUGGAGUGUUUCGCAUGGUACUCCAAAAGCUCAUUCAAGAUGGGCAUUUGGAAGUUAGAGAAAGUCUUAUUGACAUGAACAACACAGUACUCAAGGCCAAUGUUGAACUUGAGUUGCAGUACAACCCUCCUGAAGGAAAUGUAUCCCAGUGGGUGAAUAAUAUCAAUGACUCCCUUGAUGCCCCACCCCAUGUUGGUUACAUGCCUGAUGGGCAUUACCAGAUGGACCCAUACAACCCUGACCCAUACGGGAGAAAAGAGGAAAGGAGGGCAUCAUUCAUGGGAAGUACAUUUGGCAGCAAGGCAUCAAAGAGCCAGUCUAUGACGAGCCUCACCUCUGGAGGCCAGCGGCAUCAUAGCCGAAAGGAGUCAAUGCCUGCUUCCUUUGGAGGAGGUGGACGCCUGAUCACACCUGGCGAGGGUGGAAUGGGUGGAUCACCUUUUGAUGCAAUGUUGAAAGGAGGUGAAGGACUUGGAAGCCGAAGAGGAUCACAGAUCAGUAUGCAAAGUGAUAGAAGCAUGAGCAUGAAGUGCAGUCACGCCCAUCCAAGAGUAAGAGCGGAGAAGAAAAUGUCAGUUAGAGAACAGGAUUAUCAGAUACAAAUUCGAAUUCUUGAGGGAAGGCAACUCGCAGGUACCCAGAUUGAUCCUGUCUGUACUGUAAAUGUUGGCAAUCAAAAGAAGAGUACAACUGUAAAAGAACAGACCAACUGCCCCUUCUGGGACGAGUUUUUCGUCUUUGAUUUCAAGAUGCCUCCUAUGGUUUUGUUUGACAAGAUCAUCAACUUCCAGGUUUUCACUGGAAGGCAUUUAGUCAGUCAGGGUAACCUGAUUGGGGCGUUCAAGCUGGAUAUAGGAACUGUUUAUGCUCAACCAGAUCACAGAUUCUGCCGCAGAUGGGCAGUGAUGACAGAUCCUGAAGAAACACUGGGGGCUUCUGGUGCAGGUAUCAAGGGUUAUCUGAAAGUGGACAUCACUGUGCUUGGGAAAGGUGAUCCUGCAAAGGAACCUCCAGGCAUUAAGGACAGUGAUGAUGAUAUUGAAGGGAAUCUUCUACUGCCUGAAGGAGUUCCUGCUGAAAGACCAAAAGCCAGGAUUAUAGUCAAAAUUUACAGAGCUGAAGGAUUGCCAAAGAUGAAUAGUGGUCUCAUGGCCAAUGUCAAGAAAGCAUUCACAGGAGAGGUGCGAGACCUUGUGGACCCAUAUGUGGAAGUUUGUUUUGCAGGACACAAAGCCAGAACAACUGUUAAGAAGAACACAUAUGAACCAAAAUGGAAUGAACAGAUCGUUUUCUCAGAGUUGUUUCCUCCACUUUGCAGAAGAAUGAAGGUUCAACUAAAGGACAGUGACUCUGUUUCUGAUGAAGUGAUUGGCACACAUUUCAUUGACCUCUCCAGGAUAUCUAAUGAUGGUGCUAAUGGGUGGCUAUCAGAGGUCUAUAUUCCAGGCUCGGGCAUAAAAGUUCCUGGCUCAAUUCAGGCUCCUGUUCAUAAAUAUCCAGCUGAUAUUGGUUUUAUGCCCACAUUUGGUCCAUGCUGGGUGAACCUUUAUGGAUCUACAAGGGAUUACUCACUGUUUGAUGAACACAACGAUCUAAACAAUGGACUGGGAGAAGGUGUGGCUUACAGAGGGAGACUGUUGAUGGCUGUACAAGCAGAGUUUGGAGAAUCUGCAUCAGAGGCUGGAAUCCGUCAGGUGGAGGUGGAACCAACAGCUCCUAUCUCUGAUACUGCAGCUGGAAAAGAGGAUCAAUUUCAAUUAUAUGCCUGUUUUUACGAGGCCAGCAUGAUUGAGAGAAAAGUUGGCGACAAGAUGAUACAAUUUGAGAUGAGCAUUGGUAACUAUGGGAACACAAUUGAUGGACAGUCUCUAGCGGGUGAGGUAGUGGACGAGGUACGCAAAAAUGGCGAGAACCCAUUUAUCCACCCACUUACACCACCUGUCAGACCAGUGACCAAUGACAGACAGUAUUACCAUAUACCGUGGGAGGACUCGAAGCCCUGUGCACACGUGAAGUUUACUUGGCAGGAUCAUCGUAGACGACUCUACAACUCUAACGUGCUGCUAAAGAUCUGUGAAAGACUGGAGGAUGGUUUGACUGACUGUCUGGAGAGAGUGAAGAUGGACUUACCCAACACCUACCGAUGGCUCAGUCGAGUUCUUGCAGAACUCAUCAACGGAUGCAAUCAAUAUCUCAAUCUGGUGAAGUCUAUGCCAUCCUCCUCUCAUGUUGGACGCACCAAGCUGGACAAGGAGCGACUGAAGCUGUGUCAAUACGAGGUAGAGUCUGUGUGUCAGUCAGCGCAGGAGCUGAAGGGGAGCACAAGGGAUGAUGGUCACAUCAAAGACAAUCUCAAGGCUGCCAACGCACUUCUUCAAAGACUUCUUAACAUUGCUAUUGAGCCACAAGAAACAACGCCUGAUGUGUUCAUCUGGAUGCUGUGUGGAGGCAAACGAGUGGCUUACACCCGCAUUCCCAGUCAGCACAUAAUCUACUCUUUAGUGGAAGAAGAGAGAGGAAAAGAUGCAGGCAGAAUGCAAACUGUGUUUUUGAGGCUUCCUGGCAAGCGUGGUGACGGACCUAAAGGAUGGGCUAUUCAGGCCAAACUGAAUAUCAUGAUCUGGCUCGGUCUGCACAAACACAAAAAGGAUUAUCUGAAAGAUGCCCCGAAAGGAUACCAGACGCCAAAGAACGCUCACAAAUUGAUGGCCCCUCCGCCAAAUCACCUUAUCUACACAGAAAAACAGAAGUUCCUUUUGCGGGCACACACAUACCAGGCGAGAAGUUUGAUUGGCAGUGAUGCAUCUGGACUUUCAGAUGCCUUUGCCCGAGUGAUCUUCACACACCUUGUGGCUGACACCCGAGUGAUCUGGGAGACAAGGAGUCCAACAUGGGACCAGAUGCUGGUGUUUAGAGACUUGAUUCUGUGGGGAGAUGUUAACGAAAUUGCCGUCAACCCUCCAACCAUUGUAGUUGAAGUAUUUGACAAAGAUAUUGGAGGUGAUUCUGAGUUCAUUGGUCGUGCGUUGGCCAGACCAAUUGUAAAGAUGGCCUGUGAACCUUACGAAAAGCCGUUCUUUCCGCCAGCAUUGGAGUGGUUCCAGAUUUUCAGAGGAGAGGAGAAAGCUGGAGAACUACUAGCUGCAUUUGAACUCCUGCAGCUAUCUGAGGGCACAUGCUUCUUACCUACUGAAGUCGAACCUGUCAACACUCCUGAUGGACCAAUCACACCCGUUCCUGACGGCAUCAGGCCUGUUAUGAGGAAGCACAGAAUUGAGGCUUUGUUCUGGGGCGUCCGUGAAAUGAAAAGGAUAAAUCUGACCACAGUGGAUAGACCUCAAGUGGACAUCGAUCUUGCUGGUCAUGUUAUACAAUCCACUGUCAUCACAAAUGCCAAGAAAAAUCCCAACUUCCAGAACCCAGUCAUCUUUUUUGAUGUGGAACUACCUGAGAAUGAGCGUUACUGCCCACCGCUGACCAUCCGUGUCAGAGACUGUCGUACAUUCGGUCGCUUUACACUGGUUGGGACUCAUGUCCUGAAUUCACUACACCGCUACUUACAGACUGGAGAGAAAGAGAAGGAGAAACUGGAGAAAGCAGAAGCCGUCGUAGGAGUAGGGAACACUACUUCUCGUCCAACCUCGCCAGUUCCCAAUGCACCGGCUGAUGUGGCAAUAGAGAUUGACGAGGAUCCUCCUGAUGCAGCGGAUUCUGAGCCUCUGCUGCAGGAGAAAAAGAAGAAGGCCGAGGGAGGGGGAGGUGAGGGGAAAGGCGAGAAAGGAAAAGGUAAAGAGGAUGAUGACGGCGAGGAUGCAUUGGACUGGUGGUCACGGUACUAUGAGACACUGAAGGACCGUGAACGGAAUGAGAGGAAUGAGGAACAGAAAUCAUCGAGGCCUUCUAAGAAGAAGGACAAGAGAGAGGAAGAGUCAGAGGAAGAGAAGUUGAAGAAGAAGAUUCCCAGGCUAACGAUUUUUGACUCAGAAUUAGAAAAUUUGCUAGAGUACAACGGCUUCAACGACUGGCUUCAUUCUUUCCCACUCUACCGCGGCAAGAAGACAAGUGAAGAUGACGACGAUGACCACAGGAUUGUGGGGAAAUUCAAGGGCUCCCUGAAAGUGUGGAAGUACCCCCUGCCUGAGCACGUGGAAAUGGACCCAAUAGUUGGCACAUUCCUGAAGUUGCCCAGCAAUGAGCCCGUCAAUGUGCUUGUACGGGUUUACGUCAUCAAGGCCGUCAAUCUGCAUCCCUCAGAUGUGAAUGGAAAGGCUGAUCCCUAUCUAGUGGUUACGCUCGGAAAACACAAAGUGAGGGACCGAGAUAAUUAUGUGUCAAAGCAGCUCAAUCCUGUGUUUGGAAGAUGCUUUGAAUUCGAGGCGAUCAUCCCCAUGGAUUCAGUAUUGACUGUUGGCGUGUAUGACUGGGAUCUAGUUGGAAGUGAUGACCUCAUUGGGGAGAGCAAAGUCGACUUGGAGAACAGAUUCUACAGCAAACAUCGACCCACGUGUGGUUUGCAGGAAAGUUAUGCAACAUUUGGAUUCAACAAAUGGCGCGACCCAAUGCGCCCGACCCAGGUCCUUGCUAAGAUCUGCAAAGAUGAGGGUCUGGACGGACCUCAUUACUCCACGGGAAGAGUUCGAAUUGACAACAAAGUGUUUGGCGCCACUUCACAAGUUCUUGAGGAAAGUGGUCAUUUCAAACAGUCAGAUGAACCUGUUGCUCUGAAAGCCUUGCGUGGUUUCCAUACGCUGAAGAGAGGCUUCAAUCUGGUGCCAGAACAUGUGGAGACCCGGUCUCUGUACAACCCAGAGAAACCUGGAGUGGAGCAGGGUAAAAUUGAGAUGUGGGUGGACAUGUUCCCAAUGGACAUGCCUUCUCCUGGUGCCCCUGUGGACAUUACUCCAAGGAAACCAACAACUUAUGAGCUGCGAGUGGUUAUCUGGAACACGGAGGAUGUCCUUCUUGAGGAAUCCAACAUCCUGACAGGAGAGAAAUGCAGUGACAUCUUUGUCAAAGGUUGGCUUGAGGGAAUGAAAGAGGACAAGCAACAAACAGAUGUGCAUUACAGGUCCCUCACUGGGGAAGGCAAUUUCAACUGGCGCUUCAUCUUUCCAUUCCAGUACCAGAAGGCAGAAGAAAGAAUUGUUAUUACUCGAAAGGCCAGUUUCUUCUCUUGGGACGAAUCAGAGGAGAAAGUUCCUGCCAGACUGCAUCUGCAAGUAUGGGAUGCAGACGCCUUCUCGGCUGACGAUUUCAUUGGUGACCUGACGCUUGACCUCACGCGCAUGCCACGUGGGGCGAAGUCCGCUAAGACUUGCACGUUAGACUUACUCAAACAAGACGGCAGUGUGCCCCAGAUCUCUUUCUUCAAAAUCAAGCACAUAAAAGGAUUCUGGCCGUUUACUGUCAACACUGAUGAGGAAGUGCCUGAACUGGCCGGCAAAGUUGAAGCUGAACUGGAAUUACUGACUCAGGAAGAGGCUGAGAAGAAACCCGCUGGACGGGCGCGUGAGGACCCGCAGGCUCUUGAGAAACCAAACCGGCCUGAUUCAACCUUCACUUGGUUUAUGAACCCGUUCAAGUCCCUGAAGUAUCUUCUGUGGAACAACUACAAGAUGUGCCUCAUCAAGUUCUUGGUCAUUGGACUGCUAGUGGCCCUCAUGGGCUUGUUCUUCUACUCCAUGCCUGGCUAUACUGUGAAGAAGAUAUUCGGAGCAUAAGCUGCGCACAAGGCAAAGACAACCGUUGAAUUAUUCUGUGGGCUGCUAUCGAGUUAUUUAUCUAUUUAUAAGUUAAGAGAAAACCUAGUUGAAUGAGGUUUAUUUAAAAAGGUGCAAUGUAGGCGCCGUUUAAAUAUUAGCUGUUAUUGUUAUAGAAACGUUUAUUUUGUUAAAAAAAAUAUUGUAUACUUACAAGAUUCAAUUAUUGGAAUUUAUUUUUAUUACCUUUUUUUCAGUUUUGUAUCAGUUUUUCUGCUAGAUUUCCGUUUUUUGCAGGUAUUCCUUUCCAAAAGGAUUGUUUUAGUAAAAUUUCGCCGACAACCACUUUUUUGGUUUGAUCUAGUGCGUGGUAAGCCGACACGUUUGAGACGGGUCGCAAUACCAAAAUUCGUGCCAAAAUCUCUCAUUUGAAGUAUUUAUCCAUCAUUUCUAUUUAUAAGUAUUUAAUUUUCGCUUUUGAAAUACUAAUCAUGAAACAUGGAAUUAUUUUCGUUGCAUGGAAUUCAAUGAGAAAUCUCAUGUGGAACAAAAAAGAGAAAGAAAAUAUUCCUAAAAUAUAGUACCUUCCUUCCUUCUUUUAGCGUUGAUUGUAUAUGAACUUGAAGUUAGGUUACGUUGCUUAGGGUAAGACAGGAGUAAAGCCAAACAGGGGGUCACACAGUGUCAAACUAAGGGUCCUCUCCAGUUUUCGCCACUUGAAUAUUAUAAGUUUUUCGCUUAAAAAAGGCGUACAAAGGAGGGGGUUGGGGAAAACAGGCACCCCAGGAUCCUCGCUUCCCCUAGCUAGGUGUGGCUUCGGGCUUCGGUCUUUAUGGAGAAUGUCAGACAAAUUAUGGCUAAAUGGCUUCUAAAUAGUUUGUAUUUUUACAUUUUUUAGCGCAGGUCCUUCUUUUGAAUUGUAGUUUAGAACUCUGGUUUGACCCGAGAAUUAGAUAAUAGAGUUGAGCAUGGAAUUGAAAUGUACGUGCAUUGCGUUUAGAUAGUGGAUCUGCUGCUCGAUUCUUAGAGAAGGAAGGAUUUAUGUAGAUUUCUUUUUCUAUAAUUUCCCCUGUGGAUUCCUUUUUUUUUUUUUCUAGGUGCUAAAUGUACCUGAAAUUUAUUCAAGGUGCUCUGCAGACCUUUUGGUGGUCAUGCUAUCGGAGCUUUUAAUCGCGGAGAUUGCGUGACAAUCUCAAAGAUUACGUUAUCUACCAAUUGGUUCUGUUUUGCAGAUCGAAGUAUCGAUAUUUAAGUGGCUUUAGGCCAUGGAAUGAGUUGAAAUUGUACAGAAUGAGAUGGCACAGCCGUGUACCUCUGCAGGUUGUAAAUAAUGUUGAGGCAAAAUUAACCAGACGUUGCUGGAGCAUAACAUAUCGUAGCAUAAUAUAAGUAGUAUGUUUAACCGUGAUAUCAGUGUUAAGUAAAAAUUACAAGUGGGUCGUAGUUAUCAGUAAUCAGUGUGGAGGUGUCGUACAUGGGGGUAACGUGAUUAUCAAAAACAAUAAAGAUAAUUGUGGUGA